AUGAUAAUAAAUAUCUAUGAAAUUCAUCCUCAGAAAAAAACUCUAAAGUGGAACUCUCCCGCUAAACCAUCAAAGAGUCUCCAAGAGUUAUUGCUUCGGUUGAGAUAUCUUUCAAAAUCUCCAAUAAUUUUGAGACAUAUGCUCGAUCCAAGUUCUCCAAGAGUUAUUGCUUCAGUUGAGAUAUCUCUCAAAAUUUCCAAUAAUUUUUGGACUUUUGCUUGAUACAAGAGGGUGCCCAGUAUAGAGAAGCUGAGAAUGGCGUCUCGCUUUAUUCAUAAAAUUUAUAUGUAUCAUAUAUUAUUUAUGUAUUUAUUAUAUCAUUAA